AAAACAUCUGCUGUGUAAAAACUUCCAUUAAAAAUCUUAGAAAGAGCAGUUUUACAUCCAUUCUAAAUCCUAAUCAUGAUCUUACAUAUGUCUAUAUGACAUCUGACAGCAGACGUCUCCGAGACGUAUUGCAGAUGAGCAAACUAUGUAUUUUAGAUGUCCAAUAGACGUCUCCCAGAUGGAGCGUGCUGUCAGGGGUCGGUUUGUUUGAUAUGCAGAAAACCGCACGUGACAUCACUUUUACCGGCAUCACGUGACUUUCUUGGAUGCUUGCCCUUCGUGUUUCUGCUGUUGUUAAAGAUGCUGUCCUGUCUGCUAACCUUAUCACUUGGACAAAGGGGGUAAACGGCGGAAGAAGGCAGUCAGGUUGGACGUUUCUCUCUCUGAGCACCAACAGGCAGACCUGUGUACACAAUGGAAAACAACUCCGAAUCCAAAAAACUGAACGGACAGCCCGAGGGUCCAGAAGCCCCCUCACAGCCCAAAGAGACCAUGCAGCUCAAAAAAGAAAUCUCUCUGCUGAAUGGUGUCAGCCUUAUCGUGGGCAACAUGAUUGGUUCGGGCAUCUUUGUGUCUCCAAAGGGCGUUCUUUUUUACAGUGCCUCCUACGGACUGUCCCUAGUCAUCUGGGCCAUCGGGGGCAUUUUCUCAGUGGUGGGGGCUCUCUGUUAUGCUGAGCUGGGCACAACCAUCACCAAAUCAGGUGCCAGCUAUGCUUAUAUCCUAGAGUCGUUCGGAGGCUUCAUAGCUUUCAUACGGCUUUGGACAUCGCUGCUUAUUAUCGAACCGACCAGUCAGGCUGUCAUCGCCAUCACUUUUGCAAACUACUUGGUUCAGCCGCUUUUCCCAACAUGCGAGCCCCCAUAUUCUGCCUCUCGCCUCAUCGCUGCUGCUUGUAUAUGCCUUCUGACUUUUAUUAACUCCGCUUAUGUGAAGUGGGGUACCAGAGUGCAGGAUGUGUUCACCUAUGCCAAAGUGCUGGCCCUUAUCGUCAUUAUCAUCACUGGAAUAGUCAAACUGUGCAAAGGUUACACCAUGAACUUUGAGGAUUCUUUCCAAGGCUCGUCUAAAGACCCAGGAGCGAUUGCGUUGGCACUUUAUUCUGCACUUUUCUCAUAUUCAGGCUGGGACACUCUUAACUUUGUCACAGAAGAGAUUAAGGACCCUGAAAGGAACCUUCCUCUCUCCAUUGCAAUCUCCAUGCCGAUUGUUACCAUCAUCUACAUCCUCACAAACGUCGCCUACUAUGCAGUGCUUGAUAUAAGUGCCAUCCUUGCCAGCGAUGCUGUCGCUGUGACCUUUGCAGACCACACCUUGGGAGUGAUGAGCUGGACCAUCCCCAUCGCGGUUGCUUUGUCCUGCUAUGGAGGUCUCAACGCUUCCAUCAUUGCUGCUUCCAGAUUAUUCUUUGUGGGAGCUCGAGAAGGUCAUCUUCCUGAUGCGUUGUCUAUGAUUCACAUGGAGAGAUUCACUCCAGUUCCUGCUCUGCUAUUUAAUUGUGCCAUGGCUCUUAUCUACCUCUCUGUGGAGGAUGUUUUCCAGCUGAUAAACUAUUACAGCUUCAGUUACUGGUUUUUUGUUGGGUUAUCCAUUGCUGGGCAGAUCUACCUUCGCUGGAAGGAGCCGGACAGACACAGACCACUGAAGUUGAGUCUGGUGUAUCCCAUCAUCUUCUGCAUGUGCGUUGUGUUUCUGGUGGCUGUUCCUCUUUUCGACACACUCAACUCGCUUAUUGGAAGCAUCGCUCUCUCAGGAGUGCCUGUUUACUUCCUGGGUAUCUAUCUUCCAGAAUCCAAGCGCCCCCCCAUCAUCACUAAACUACUGCGUGCCCUUACUCGUUUCACCCAGUUCACCUGCUUUUGUGUGCUCACUGAAAUGGACAUUGAGUGAAUAAAACACUAUUUAUCAGAACACUUGCACACCCCACCCGCAGACUUGAAAGACUAGCUGGGGGAAGAAACCACCAAGAUUUGGAAUUCAGGGACAUAGAUCUUCCACACUGUUAAACACAGACACACUCUUAAUGCACUCAAGGCAUUGGAUUCCUCUUUUUUUCUAUAUCAUUAAAGGUCUCCGUUGAGGUAAAAGUGCACGGUGGUGUUGGGAUUAUGGCAUUAUUAACCACAUGGCAUGAAAAUAAGGUCCCACGGAGAGGUUCUGGUUCACACUGGUAUCAGAGCACUGAAAUAAUGCAAACUUCAUCUGUAUUGCUGUCAGAAGAAUACAGACACGGGCAGGACGCAAUGGUUUGAUUUCUUGCUCACGGGGUAUUUAUGUAAUAUACUUUUCCUGUUUUUAAUCUAACAUGGUUUUGUUUAGAAUAUAGUUCUUACUGUCAAUUUAUUUAUAAACUUUCUUUGAGAGACAUCCUGAUUUUACUUUAAUUUUCCUCUUUGUGGUUUGUUUGAUCAAAACUGUGACUGUUUUUUAAAUGUUAUUGAUCAGUUUUGUUAAAUUGCCAAAUGCCAUAAAUGGGUUUUAGAUGGAAGGCGAUUUUACACACUUCAACUUUGAAAAACUGCUGCUAUGCCUUUGGCUUGUAGACCAGGGUGCUCUUGUGUUUUAUAAUCACAUGAUCAUUUGAGAAAGCAAGGUGAGGAAUAAAUAUAACAAGUUUAUCAGAUGUGCUGGAAACAUUUGUAGACUGAGAAGUGCUAUAUUGAAUCUGAACUUCUACUACAUGCAUUGUUUUUUUCUCCUUUUUCAAUAAAAAAAUAAAACGGGAUAAAUCAAAAAGCAUUCACUCCAGGAACCCAAGCAAUGGCAAAUAUGGAUUGUAGCUUUUGUUAAAUCAUUGUGACAGUCAGUCAAACAUGGAAAAAACUGUAAAUUAAGAUUCCAGAUGAACUCAGGAUGCCAGCUCAAAUAUAAUCUGAACAGAGUUUACUUCACAUUCUAAAACACACUGAACAGAUCUUUUAAAGUAUUUUUGUUAAAUGCUUUUAUGUAAAUGUUUUUUUUUUAUUUAUUGUAAAGAAUAUCAAUUAAACCUUUUUCAGCAGACACCACAACUUGUAAAA